AUCAGUUAUAGUGAGAAGAUUUUGGACCAUUAUGAAAAUCCAAAGAAUGUUGGUUCUUUGGACAAAAAUGAUCCGAGUGUUGGCACUGGUUUGAUUGGUGCACCAUCAUGCGGUAAUGUGAUAGAGUUGCAAAUAAAUGUCAAUGACAAAGAUGUUAUUGAAGAUGAGAAAUUUAAACUGUUGGUUGUGGUUCUGCUAGUGCCUCAAACUCUUUACUAACAGAAAUGAUUAAAGGCAAAACUAUUGAAAAUGUAACAAAAAUAAAAAAACACCCAAAUAAUGCAAGAGUUAUCUUUGCCUCCAGUGAAGGUACACUGCUCGGUACUUGCUGAAGACUAUAAAAGCUAUAAAAGCCGCUAUUCG